AUGGUGACUACCAAGCUCGAGCUUCGAACAGCCCUCGGCCCCGUUUACAGGGAUGUCUUGCUAACUCCCCCUCGCGACUGCACCGCGGACGAGAUACCGGUCAUAGACUUGGCACCCUUGUUCUCCAGUGAACUCAGCGAGCGCCAGAAAGUUGCCAAGCAGAUACGGUCCGCCGCAGUCAACACAGGCUUCUUCUAUGUUAGAAACCAUGGCAUCGCAGACUCGACCAUUGCGAAAGCCAAGCAGCGAGGCCUGGACUUUAUGAAACAGACUCCUGAGGAGAAAGACAAGUUGUCGUCCAGGAAAUACAGCAAGUACUUCAACGGCUAUACUGGCUAUGCGAGCACCAAUAUCUCUCCGAGCGAAAGUGUAGACGUCAGGGAGUCCUUCUCUUUCAGAUAUUCCCCCGAGCUUGACCCAGAUCACCCUAUGGAUAUUUCUGAGAUUCCAGCUGAAGUGAGGCCGUGGAUCAGGGCUGAGAAAUUUGUUUGGGAAGGCACUGCCCAUAUUCCAGACUACAAGAAAGACUGGGUAGCGUAUUGGGGGAGUUGUUUGACUCUGGCUAGGAGGUUGGUCAAAGCCUUUGCGUUGUCGCUGGAUCUGCCCGAAGAUUAUUGGGAUGAAAAGGUCACCCAUCCCGGUGCUGAUUCUGUGUUCAACUACUAUCGCCCAAGGACUGAAGAAGAGACGAAGCAGAAGUUUGUGGGCUUAGGGAGCCACACUGACCUGCAGCUCUUCACCCUCCUUUGGCAGGACAGCAUCGGUGGUCUUCAGGUAUUGACAAAAGAAGGACAGUGGAUCAAGGCCCCUCCAAUUGAAGGAACAAUCGUGGUCAACAUUGGCGAUUACAUGAUGCGUCUCUCUAAUGAUACUUACAAGUCUACUGUACAUCGAGUUACUAAUGAGUCGACGCUUGAGCGAGUUUCGAUGCCUUUCUUCUUUGGUCUCAAUUUCAACUGCGUCGAGAGUGUCAUUCCCAGCUGCGUGUCGCCUUCGAACCCUGCGAAGUACGAACCGAUAUCUUGCGGUGACUGGUGUCAAAUGCGAUUCAAGAUUGAGCGUGAGGCUUUCGAUAAGAAAGCAGCAGCUGCAAAACUGGCUCCAAGUGCUGUCGUCGUGGAAGUCUGA